AUGGCUCCCAUUGCUAAGAAGUCUGGCAAGGCCCAGAAGCAGACCAAGAAGUUCAUCAUCAACGCUUCGCAGCCCGCCGCCGACAAGAUUUUCGACGUCGCCGCGUUCGAAAAGUUCCUCCAGGAGCGCAUCAAGGUCGAGGGCCGCACCAACAACCUCGGCGACGACGUCGUCAUCCAGCAGCAGGGCGAGGGCAAGAUCGAGGUCAUUGCCCACAACGACCUCUCGGGCCGCUACCUCAAGUACCUGACCAAGAAGUUCCUCAAGAAGCAGCAGCUUCGCGACUGGCUCCGCGUCGUCUCCACUUCGCGCGGCGUCUACGAGCUCAAGUUCUUCAACGUCGUCAACGACGAGGCUGACGAGGACGACGAGUAA